AUGGAAGCAAGAAAUCAUCACAACCAAAAGACAACGCAGCCAUCCAUACACACAAAACACUCUAGCAAAUAAUAUUCUAUCAAAUCUGAAAACAGAAUCAAAACAUCUCAAACUGAUCUUCCUAAAUAAAUUGACACUUAAAAAAUAAUGAGUGAUUUUUAUGAUUAAUGCAAAAAAAGACAAAGUAAGUUACUAUAUCCCUAUGAAGGAACCCAAAAUUUCAUACACCAAAGAAAUAAGUCUUAGUAAUUGCAAAAUGAUUCUUUGUUGCAAUCCAUUGAUAGUUGUCCCUCCUUCAGAAAUUAAAUAAGGACAACCCACAACUCCCCACCCAAUAAGUACCUCUUAUUCAACACUUGCGAGAAGAUUUUAAAUCAAAAAAGCAAUGGAUCUAAACGCAUCUAAACCAAAUAGGCAGAAAAACUGUUUAUGCAAUAAAUAAAUUAAAAUAAUAGAGCAGAAUUAUUAAUAAAAAUAGAGCAUUAUAUAAGAGAUUUUUUCACUGAAGAGUGUAGAGAAAUGGCUAAUUUAUUUGAUACUUUUAUGAGAGAACUAAAUUAUUAAAUAUAAGAUUAAAAAUAUUAAUUAACCUUACAAGAAAAACAAUUAGAAAUUUAGAAAAUAGAUGAAAUCAUUAGAAUGAACAAUAAUCAUGUAUGGGCACACGAAGAUAUGGAAAAAUAAUUGCUUUCCUUAAAAUCCUAAAAUAUGGAUCAAUCAACAUUAAUUAAGAAAAAUGAGAACGAUGUCAAAGACUUGCAAGCCAAAAUAAGUCAAUAAAAACAUUUACUUGAAUAAAAACAAAAUGAAAUCCUGAUCAAAAACAGGAAAAUUAAAGAAUUGGGAUAUGAAGUACUAUAAUUACAAAGAAAACUUGAUUACUUAGAAAAUAAGGCCCUAAAAGAUAACAGAUCAUCAAUCUAAUAAGUCAGAUAUUCUAUGUUUCAAAGCUAAUAAAUUGGAUCCAAUUCAAAUCUCAGUCAACAAGGCAACAAUACCUCUAAUAAGGAAAACAAGUUCACUCCAUUAAUCGAAGAGCAACAAGAGGAUUCCUCUGUUUCAAUCACGGAGUAAGAAGAUGAAGAAGAAAAAGAGUUAAAUUAAAUUGAAUUUAAUACUGAAAGAAUUGUUGAAACCAGAGAAAAAGAAUCAUAAGUCGGACCAGAUCUAAUUAUUAAUUAUACACCAAUGAAAGAAGUUUAAACCCAAUUAAAUUUGACAGAUAAAAAAUUUGAUGAUUUGACCUAAGAUAUUUGUGAAUAAGCCAUCAAUUUUAUUGAUUUUUUAAACAUUUCUAAAGAUAAAACCGAAACUGAUUUAUCUUAAGUAAAUAUUUCAUUUAUGAACAUCAACACUGUUGAUAAAUUAAGUGAGGAAGAUAUCAUCAAAUUUGUUGAUCAACAGGUUUCUCAAUAUGGAAUUCCAUAAAGCACAUCCUCUCUUGUGAAGUAGCCUUCCAUGAGGGCAAAUAUGAAACGAGCUUCUAUUAUUUUAGACAAAUAACCACCUUAAACUUAAUAAACAUCCAUCAAUAAUUCUAAAGUUAAGUCUAUGAUUACAUUUAUCAAAUUUUAAGGAAUUAAAUUAUUACAAUUAGAAAACAAUCUUAAAGAAAGCAAUUCCACAACAGAAGAAUUAAAAAAGGUUAAUGAUAAUUUGGUGAUCUAAAAUAAAGAGCUCAAAGAUCAGAACUCUAAACUGAUUGAGUAAAUAGCUGGUCUCCAUGUUAAAGUAUCAGAUUUGGAAAAUUAAAUUAUGUCCGAUGCUAUGGAUCUCAAUUAAGUGCUUUAAUAAUAGGAGAAGAAACCAUAGAACUAAAAAGUUAACACAUUAGCUUAAAGGAAAAAUAAAAAGGCAGCACCUUAAUUGGGGUAAAAGGUGACAAUCAGCUAUGACUUUUAGAAAAAUUAGUCAAAAUUGCUUAUUGAAAAAAUAAAAUCUAAGUCGAUGGGGAAAUUUAGUAAUUUCUUACCUCUUAAACUUGUACUCAAAAUGAUAAGUACAUUCUAUUUUGAAAAAAUAACGAAUUAAAAAGAAAAUAAACUACUGAGAGAUUAAGAUAUGUCAGCAUACAUUUAUAAUUACUAUUUACAGCAAUUUGGAUAUACCAAAGUUACUGAAUAGAGAUUCAUGAUUUUAGUUUUAUCAGUGAAGAAAUAUAUACAAAUUGUAAGAGUUAAUAUGUUUGCUAAAUUUAUGAAUUUAUUAGAGGAGAAAUCAAACUAUAGAGUUGAAGAACUAUAAAGAUACUUAGAGGCAUUAGAAUACGUGUAGAAUAUUUAAAAUCUUGGGAUUACGAUUAAAGACAAUGAGUCGGAAUAAAAGCAUUAUAUUCCAUAUGUGAGAGCUCUAGCAUAUUUGGGAUAAUUAUAAAAUUUUAAUUUCACUUAGGAGGAGUUAAAUUAUUUAAAAUAGGAUUUGGAAAAUUAAAAAGAAAAUGAUCCAAAAAAUAUCAACAAAGCAGGAAUUGUUGAUUUUGAUCUACUUAUGAUUAGAGUAUUAACCAUAUUUAGAAAUAAUGUUGAAAAAACUAAAUUGUAUGUAAUUAAUGCAUUUGCGGCAUGUGAUCUUGAUGGGAAUGGUAUGUGUAAUUUGGAUGAAUGGCUGCUUUUGAUUAGACAUAUUGAACCAGACAAAUUUGAAGAAGAUAAAUUUGUAGACAUUUUUGAAGAAUAUGCUGACUUAUUAGAGGAUGAUGAAAAAAAUCUUUCUUUUGACAGAUUCUCUAUAUUAUGUAUGGAACAUGAAUUAUUUAGUGAUGCCUAAUAAAAUAAGUUUCUUAAAGUUAAAAAUAAUGCUGAUGCUGAGUAAAAGUUUGAGUAGUUAAAAGAGAAUUGGAUAUAAGUGUAUACUGAAUAGAUAAAGAGAUUAAAUGAGCUCAAAAUGGAAGAAAUUGACAAACAAAAGUGGCAAAAAAUCCUCAGUGUUUUGGACAGAAAAAUAGCUUAAGAACACAAUAGUAAAAAGCCACUUCUUAUAGCCUUUAAAAUCUUUCUAGAUGAGUCUAAAUGA